GUCGCUGUGAAGAAGAGCUGAAUCAGUGCAGUCUUCAAUGAUUCAGUAUGAAACAAGACAUGAAGUACUAUGGGUUGAGGAACCAAGGAGCAACAUGCUACCUGAACAGUAUUCUGCAGGUUCUGUUUAUGACCAAGGAGUUCAGAGAGGCUGUAGAAAGAUGUCCUAUAGACCAUAAAGAUCGCAUUGAUGUUCAACUGCAUAGUUUGUUUGAAAGUUUAAAGGAAAGAACAUCAGAAACCAGAGACGUAACAAGGAAGCUGGGGAUAGAAAGAGUGAAUGAACAGUAUGAUGCUGGUCAGUACUUUGAGAAGAUUUUAUCUAUGGUCAGUGAUGAAGCAUCAAAGGUAUUUAAAGGAAACUUGACCCACAGGACUGUUUGUGGUGGAUGUUCUGCACAUACUGAAGAAGAUGUGCCAUUUUGGUAUCUUUCUCUUCCACUGAUGGAUUCUAGUGAUCAAAACUACAGCGUGGAGGACGCCAUCGAGGAGUUCUUAAAGGAUACAGAGUUUGAUGGAGAUGACCAGCUGUACUGUGAUGAGUGUGAAGAAAAACACGACACUACUGUUGAGGUGGAGGCGGCUCUAGUACUUCUUAUAAAGGGCGUCAGUGUUUUGAGUCCGGUCCAGUUUGUUAUUGAAAUGAACAUCCAGGGGAGUGAGGUGGGGGUCUUCUCCUGGUGUUAA